AUGGCAACGAAACAAAAAAAUAUUUUUACGCGAAGUAAACCACUUAUUAAUAUUUACAGUGAUGUUGGACACGACGGAAAAAAAGUCGAAGUUCGUGAAGAUGCAGAGCAAAUAGUAAAAUGGCAUGAGAUAUGUGAUGCACUGGUCGCUGCCGGCUAUUAUCGUGCGCAGUUGCAAGGACUCUCAGCAUUUGAUAAAAUUGUGGGAGGUCUUACAUGGUGUAUUGAACUAUGCGACAUUGAUGUAGACGUAAAUCUGUUAUUUGAAGAGAAUUUAACAAUCGGUAAAAAGAUUGCUUUAACUGAAAAAAUUGUAAAAGUAUUGCCCAGUAUGAAGUGUCCUUAUAUUAUAGAACCUCAUCAAAUACAAGGCUUAGAUUUUAUAAAUAUUUACCCACUCAUUCAAUGGUUAAUAAAGUACUCUAGUGAGUAUAGAGAAGUGAAAGAAGAUGAAUUGAGGAAAUUUGCCGUUAUGCAGUAUGACAAGAAUCACAUAUUUGAAUCUGACCGAGCCUAUUUUAUGCAAAAGGAGAAAUUGUUAAGAAAUCUCUCUGUUGUUCAGAAUUUAUAUAAACCAUGCAGAGUUCGAAAGAGAAAAGGUGGCUUUCCUACAAAUGAACUGGAACAAGUGAACUCUGUUCUAUCUGAAUAUGAUCAGCGAAUGCUGUUGCAUGUCUCAAAUAAUCAUGAUGAAUCUCAAAGAGAUGAAGGUCUAGAUUUCUUAUAUGAUUAUGAGAAAACUUUGGCAGACCCUUCAGAAGUCACCACAGAAACUGAUAGACAUGUGAACAUUGAAGAUAGUAGUGAAGCAGGUGAUACUAAAAUUCAUUAUGAAGUUUUACAUUCUGAAGUCACUGGUGACAUUCCAAAAGAACUUGAAGAUAGUGAAAAAAUUAAGUAUUCUGAGGACAUUGCAAAGCUUACAAAGACAAUAGAAACAAUGGAAAAGGAAAUUGAUAUAGUUAAGAUGAAUCAUGAAAGCAGAAUGGAGGAUGCCAAAAAUCAGUAUUCAACUACGAUUAGCGAGUUGAAAAAAAUUACACAAAAUUUAAUGAAUUCAGAUAACUAUAGCGACAAAAAUGUAAAAGACUUUUAUGCAUCUCUAAAGGAUUUGGCUAGAGAAAGAAAUGAAUUGUUGAAAAUAAUAGAACAUAGGGAAAUGGAGCAUAAAAAAUUAGAAGAGGAAUUAAGGGAGGUACAAAAUACAGGCUCAAAGAUAGAAGAGCAGCCUUUAACUCCAGCCGAGUUGCAAGAAUUUAAGGAAAGGGAAGGGAAGUUAAACGAAUUUAUCACUAGCACAAGGCUAGAGCUUGGUAAAUUGAAUAGACAAAUUUUGAGAUACACAGUAGCUCUUGAUGAAAUACCCGGAGCUGCUGAACUGUUGCAGUAUGAGAAGAGAUUUGUGGAACUGUAUAAUCAAGUCGCUUCUAAACAUAAGGAGACAAAGCAAUAUUUCAUAUUCUAUAAUACUCUUUAUGAAGUUAAACUUUACACAUCAAAAGAAUUAAGUUUGCUUAAUUCAAUACUAGAUAAUUAUGAAGAGGCAAUGUCUUCAACGCGGAAAAGAGAAGAGUUCAUGACUCAGUUUGAGUCUAUAGUCGAUUGGGUUAAUCAAACGGUUAGGAAAGUAGAGGAGAAGUUUAAUAGUGAAAAGGAACAAAAAACUGCACUCCAUACGGAAUAUACUCGGCUUAUCGAAGUGCAGAGACAGUACGCCGCGGCUCUAAAGAAGUUGGCUGCGGAAAGACAAAAGAUUUCCAGAGCGAUUUUAAAGUGA